AAGUAACAAAAAGAAAAUAUUAUGUUACUGGCUGAAGGGGGGAAGUAAAAAGCUGCAGGACGGAGUUGUUUGGACGUUGUGGACGUGUGGGUAUCUGAUAUUGCGCCUCCGAUUUGAAUGCCAUCUAGUUAACACAAACCAGGAACUAUGAAUGGACAGGUUUUUCAUGUGCUUGGGCCAAUCCUGCUAACCCUUCUGCUGACGACUGUCCCAGUUGUUCAGAGCGGGAAUGUUCUUGUCUUUCCUGUGGAUGGCAGUCAUUGGGUCAACAUGAACAUCUUGAUUAAAGCACUUCAUGCCAAAGGUCACAAUGUUACAGUCAUUCGGAUGGCAGACAGCUGGUACAUCAAAGAAUUCUCUCCUCACUACACAUCAAUCAGUCUCAAGUCUAAUGGAGGAUUUGGUGAAGAAUUCCUGGAGACAUUUGUAUCCAGACUUAUGGAGAUUCUGAGGGAGGGUUCGAUCUGGGCUCGCCUGAAUCUGGAGAUAGAGAUGUGGGAAAGUUCUUUGAAGAUGAUUAAAAUGGAAAGUGAGAUGAUAGUCAACAUGUUUGAAGACCAGCAGCUAAUGCAGUCCUUAAAAGAUGCCAAAUAUGAUUUGAUUCUUACAGAUCCAGCCAUGUAUGGAGGAGUCAUAUUGGGCCAUUAUCUCAAACUGCCCAUUGUCUACAAUGUCCGUUGGACAAUGUUUAGUGAAGGUCAUUUUGCAAUAGCUCCUUCACCACUUUCUUAUGUUCCUUUUCCAAUGCUGGAGUUAUCAGACCGCAUGAGCUUUUUUCAAAGAGUGAAGAAUGUUUUGAUGUACAUCAUAACUGAAACACAAGUUGCUUUCCUGAUUGGUCCAACUUAUAAUGCAAUUUGUGAACGGUUCAUUGGCCCAGGAACAUCCUACUUUUCUUUAAUUCAGAGUGCUGAUCUGUGGCUCCAUAGAGUUGAUUUUGUUUUUGAAUUCCCGCGUCCCACUAUGCCAAACAUCGUUUACAUGGGAGGUUUUCAGUGCAAGCCAUCAAAGCCUCUUCCACAAGAUCUGGAGGACUUUGUGCAGAGCUCUGGAGAGCAUGGUGUCAUCAUCAUGUCUCUGGGCACUCUCAUUGGUCAGCUUCCUGAUGAUGUGGCAGAGGCAAUUGCUGAAGCUUUUGCAGAGCUUCCACAGAAGAUCAUCUGGAGGUACAAAGGAAAGAGACCAUCUGCACUAGGGAACAACACCUUAAUGAUGGACUGGAUGCCUCAGAAUGAUCUUCUGGGUCAUCCUAAGACCAGAGCCUUUGUGGCACAUGGAGGAACCAAUGGAAUUCAAGAAGCCAUCUACCACGGGGUGCCAAUCAUUGGAUUUGGGCUGAUUUUUGACCAGCCUGAUAAUCUUUCUAAAAUGAGAGUAAAGGGUGUAGCCAAGAAUGUAGACUUUGCCACAGUGGAUAAGGACUCCUUCCUUAAAACUGUCAAAGAGGUCCUUUAUGAGCCCUCUUAUCGGGAGAACAUGCAGAGGCUCUCCAGGCUUCACAAGGACGUCCCAGUGAAGCCUCUGGACAAUGCCAUCUUCUGGAUUGAGUUUGUUAUGAGGCACAAAGGUGCCGCUCACUUGCGCACAGAGUCGUACAAAAUGCCCUGGUACUCUUAUCACUCUGUUGAUGUCAUGCUGUUCCUGCUUUCUGCUGUGUCACUCAUAAUCAUGACUAUAUAUGCAGUUAUCAGAUAUUUCUGUUGUAGAGUAUGUUUUAGAAGAACAAAGAACAAACUUGAAUGACUUUGCUUUUUUAUUUUUACUCAGGUCAGACAUUUCCUGUAUAUUAAUGACCAAAGCUUUCAAUCAAUAUGAUUUUCAUUUCAAAUGGUGAUCUAUAGAUGUUGAUUUUUUGGUUUGUGCACAUUUAUAUUGUUUUAGAACAUAUUCUAUAUUUCAUAUUUGAAUUAUGCCAGCUCUAAAAUGCUUUUUAUUUCUAUAACAAAUACAAAAUUAGAAAUAAGAAUUUCAUUGUACCUGGUACAUAUACAAAUAAAUAUCUUGAACUCUUGAAUAAACUUGUGAUUUUAGUAUCA